UUGUUUAUUGUAUCAAGUGAGAGAGACCAUGCACAGGCAAAUAUCAAAGCCACCAUGGCUCAAAACAAGCUGAGAAGAAUUCCCAGAUUUAGAUCCAUGUUCAGUAACCUGAGGCAUUACCCUCGAUUUUGUCUGUACUGGGACAAGCAUGAUCCCGUCCCAGCCUUCAUUAACCGGAGGUGGAGAGGAGCUGACGAACAGCAGAGAGCAGCGCUCCAGCAACUUGCAGCAUGUGACCCUUCUUUUCAGAUGCCUAAAGAAGUUUAUGAAGAUCCUGAAGUUACUGGAAGGAAUCGCUAUAAAUAUUUUGAAAGACCUUUCCUGCAGGGUUUUAAACAAGUACCAUUCAACGUCGUCUUUUCAAUACCCAAGCCAGAACCAUACAAAUUUCCUGCUGCUUCCACUAAGUACCAACCCAUCCCUUCAAAAUGCACUGUGAGCACCCAGACAGAUUUUCGGGACGCUGACGUUCAAACAGAUCCGUAUUCUCCGGAAUAUAUAGUGUGUCAGGACUCGAUCCCUGAGCUCUUGACUCUGGCUACUCUUACGUGGGGUCGAGGUCUCCCAGCAGGACAAGCUGAGGUGGAGAUGAUAGAACGGGCCCGAGAGAAGCGCAUUUGGGAAGCCACCCUUCCAGCUCUGAGUGACACUGCCGAGUUUGAGAAGAGGAGGAGGAUGAUGAGCGAGAUGGAGAAAAAGGAGUGGGCCUUCCGAGAGCAGGAGAUUCAAAAACUGCAAGACAUUCGUCUGGAAGUUCUAAAAGAGCUGCUGAAGAAGCGUGAGGAGAAUCAAAAGGAGGUGAACAUGAAGAACUUGAAUGCCCGAUGGUUUAAACUGCAGGAAGCAAAGGAGGCCAAAGUGGCAAAACUUCAACACGCACAUAUAUCAGCAAUCAGAAAGCUAGUGAACAAGAGAAAGAAAGUAGAAGGAAAGUUGGAGAGAAGAAAUAUCAUCAGGGAUUACUGUGAUUAUGCGUCACAGGUCUACGCACCUCUAACUCGCCUUGGCCGCUUCCCAGACAACAACUCCGAGAACUUUGUGGUAAAAAACCACUUUCUAAACACUUAUGAAGGAUUAGUUGAACUUGAGUCGAGCCUGCCAGAUUUUGUGACACAACCUCGCAUCAGACCUCCAAAACCAAAAUCCACUACUACCAAAGCAGGUUUCCUAAAAAGGGAAGCGAGGCUGGACCAUGAGUUGGUUGAGGUUUACCAGGCACUGCUGGAGAAGAAGAAUAAAGUUCCUGAACCAAAGAAACCCCUGCGCUUCCUUCAGAAGAAUCCAGUUCCUCAACCUCGGCUUCCAACUCCAACCUUAGAAAUGAGUUCCAACGAAGAAGAAGAUAAAGAAAUGGCUGUGAUCUUCCUUCAAAAAUUAAUCCGGGGCAGAGUUGUUCAGAACAUGAUGUUUGAAGGGAAAGAAAAGCGAUUGGAAUUGAUCCAGGAGUUGCGUACCAGCCAUGUUCUCCAGGAAGAUGACAGGCUGGUAAAGAAAGCAGAAAAGCAAGUGACCCUUGCCUUACAGAGGCAGAGGAACCUGCAUGAGCACAAGGUGUUGCUGGUUGAAAACCAUUUGGCUGGACUGGAAGGAAGGGCAUUAGCAGACAUGUUUGACUUCCUGUCCAAAGAGCUGAUAAGACUACAGGAAGAGAGGAGAAUCCAUGCCUUUGCCAUGUUGGCAGAACGACAGCGGCGGAUGCGGGAAGCUGAGGAGAGUGGUCGGCGCCAGGUGGAACAAAAGCGCCUUCAGGAAGAGGAUCAGAUAUUCAAGGAGGUCAUUAAAGUUCACCAGAGUACUGUAACCUCCUAUCUGGAAGACAUAAUACUGAAUACGGAAGCAAAUACUGCAGAAGAACAAGCCAGGGAAGAAAUUCAAAAAAUGGCAGAGGAAAUAAAUGACAUUGCUUAUGAAAUGGAAAGCCGCCGAACACAGCUUCAGUCAGAGGAGAUUGUUGCUGAGUUGGUAUAUAGAUUCCUGAUCCCAGAGGUACAAAAAGACUUUGUCAAAGAAAAAGUGAGGAAUGCUCAGCGGAAGCAUAUUCUCGCAGCCCAUGAGAUCAUCCAUAGAGACAUAGAAGAGAUGCUCACCAAGAACUUUGCCACACAGCAGCCAGAUGCAGACGCAGAUGCAGAUGCUGAGGAUGUGACUCAUCAGGCCACGUAA